AUGGCACCGAAUCAAAAUGCAGGCAGGAACAACAUCCCGGUGCCAGAUUCGAAGCACUUGAGUGAUGGAAUGGAGCAGGAGCGCAGAAUCUCUGCGGUUUCUGAGAUCCAAUCGCAAGAGGAUGACGAUUCUAUUAGCUUGAUCUCCGGUUACUAUGAGACCAACUCGGAUGUCGACAAGACAGACACAAUCAUCCAACGGAGUUCACCUACCAAAGUGACCACAUUGAGACAAACCAGACCCGAGGCUCCUAUCCAGGCAAGGUAUGGCGAAGUGCAACGACGAGGACUCGACGCAAUCCAACCAGUCCAGAGGACGGAAGCACCAGCAAAGAGUGCGGUUAGCCUAAGACUGGACCUGAAUCUGGAUGUGGAAGUCAAUCUGAAGGCGAAAAUUCGCGGUGAUUUGACUCUGACCCUGUUGUGA